GCCCGGGAAUGGGCUUCCAUAUCAACGCGCACGUACAUCAUCUAGAACUGGUUCAAAACUCAGUCAGACGGUAUAGGGCGUGGCUUCUGGAACGAUGAGCCGCUCAUUUCCAAGCCACUUUGCUGACAAUUUCGCAACUUGACAGCUUGCGCGGAUCCAGAAGGCGAACUCGACAGUCAUGUCAAAAUCAGACAAAGUGGUGCUGGUUCUGGGGGGAGCAGGGGCAGUCGGCUCUGGGAUCGUGAAAGCGCUGCUGGAUAAAGGUUUCAAAGUUGCAGUGAUCUCGAGAGACAGCAACCGGCUGGAGAAACUGAGAUCAUUCAUCUCUGCCAACGUGAAAGACAGCCUCAUCACAAUAGUGGGGGAUGUGGGCUCAGAAGACGGAGUGGAGCAGGCAAAGCAGGCCCUGCUUGAGAAGGUGGGGAAGAUUACAGAUGUCGUUUCCUCUCUGGGCUUCAGUUGGUGGCAGGGAGGACCCCCGCAUACCCAGACCCUCAAAGAUCUGCACUGGGUCAUUGAGUCAUUACUCUUUAGCACGUUUGUGUCAUGGAAGGCCUUCUUUCCUUUGGUCAAGGAUGAUUCCAAAUGUACCUACACCUUUAUCACAGGGGGAGCAGGAGAGAAGCUUUUGAUGCAUGGUACCGGUUUCCUGACUGUGGGAGCUGCCAGUGCUCUGGCCUUCUGCCAGGUUCUACGAGAGGAGUACUCAGAAUCGCCCUGCAAACUCUACCAAAUGAAGAUUGACACAGGUGUUGCUAGCAUGGAGCGAAUGGCCCCCGGGUACUUGAAUCACCUUGACCUGGGUGAGGCUGUUGCCAAACUGGUGGAACGACAAUACACAUCUCACACUAUCUUUACCAUCAGCUGCCCUGCAGACUUAAAAACUGUUUUUCUGGAUGGAAACUUUUAAAAUGUAAAAACGACACCAUGUUCUCAGUGUUGUCACACAUCUGCAUUUCUACUGCAAUUACUCUUACUUUUAACGCCUUAGAAAUAGAUCUAUUCUGCUUGUUGUAUUUGCAACUGUUUUGUAACAUAGUUAGUUGUGUGCAAGAUAAAUAAAAUAUAAAUAUAAAAAAUACUCCAAUACCUGAAAUCAUUACUUUAAAGACAGAUGACGUUGCACAAUUUAUUAUCAGUAUAAAGGAGGUCAGAUAACAGAUUGAGCAGUGGAGCCAGAGUGGAGCUCAAUGGCUUUACACCACAUCACGUGCAGUCGAGUCAAGACGAUUGUCAUACGUGUAAGAUACGUUUUCCAUCACAACUGCACAAAGGCUUUUUUUAAAUAAUCGUUACAUUUACAGUUAUGUCCACGGUCCAAAUAUUAAGUAUGAAGGAAUAUUAUGGAACUUCUUCAAUCACAUCUUAAUCUUGAGAAUUGAUCAAUCCGGUGACAAAGGAUCAGGAGGACAAGUACAAAAAUAAACUAACGUGGGGUAUUAUGAGAACAACACGAAAAGACUAUUUGAAUAAGCUGUUACAAAAGCCCCCUCCUUGAGCCGUCACCUUGUCGUGGUGGAGGGGUUUGUGUGUCCCAGUGAUCCUAGGAGCUAAGUUGUCUGGGGCUUCACGCCCCUGGCAGGGUCACCCGUGACAAACAGCUCCUAGGUGAGGGACCAGACAAAGCAAGGCUCCAAAAACCCCUAUGGUGAAUACAAUAAAUGGAUAUAGGUUUCCCUUGAGGCGGCACGGUGCACGACCGGUUAGAGCGUCUGCCUCACAGUUCUGAGGACCCGGGGUUCAAUCCCCGGCCCCGCCUGUGUGGAGUUGGCAUGUUCUCCCCGUGCCUGCGUGGCUUUUCUCCGGGCACUCCGCUUUCCUCCCACAUCCCAAAAACAUGCAUGGCAGGUUAAUUGCCGACGCUAAAUUGCCCGUAGGUGUGAAUGGUUGUUUGUUUGUAUGUGCCCUGCGAUGGGCUGGCAACCAGUUCAGGGUGUACCCCGCCUCCUGCCCGAUGAUAGCUGGGACCCUAGUGAGGAGAAGCGGCUCAGAAAAUGGAUGGACGGAUGGUUUCCCUUGCCUCGACGCGGGGUACCGGGGCCCCCCUCUGGAGCCAGGCCCGGAGGUGCCGUGUGCCGCUUCUACCUCUUGGUGCCAAUUAAGCCUAGGGCAUGGAGUUCAAUGCCUGGAUCACAUGAUGUUGAAAAAAUACCCCGGAAAGAUGACGGAAUCACGUUGGUGUGAAAGGUUCCUACAAUACACUGACCUUUCCUAUGUUCGAAAGGAAGCCCUUUUUAUCUCUUUCUGAUCAUAUGACACAUUCCACAAAGCAAAAAUUCAAGUAUAAAUGGCACAUAUUUCAGCCCAUACCCCUGAUCUACAUUAACACAGUAGUAAUUACAUUAGCCAUUUGUAGGAAAAACACUUGAAAAGAAUCCAAUGGAAAAAGACCGAAGACCCUCUUUCAUUUUUUACUAGCUGUUCGCAAGCAGCCCAUUUUGGCUCCCAACCCACCAGUUGAGAAUGAUUGGUCUAGGGCGGAUUCGCAAGCUACAGCAAAUGGCAGAGAUGCAUUUCAAGUUUAGAAUUGCCUGAGGAAAUUUAGCUUCCGUGGACGUUACCGUGCCGUGUGAAAAAAAGUAGCUUCACAUCUGAAAAGGUAUUUGAACAUUAGGAGCAAGCUACUGGGAAAUGUGGUUCAACUAGCAACAUAGCUACUGCCUAACUGAAUCUGUACGAGACAUGAGUGACACACAACGCAUACAACGUUCACACUGUGUGAGAGAAAGAACAUCUGAGUGUUCUGUGUGGAUGCUGUGAACUGUGAACUGAUUUGUUCAUGAACAGAGGUUCCACUUAUGAAACAGGCAGGAGGAGUUUGACACAUUAACGUGGCUCGAGCGUGACUGUCCCGUUCACAGACACGAGCACCGACCCCGCCGUCUGUCUAUUUAGGGCAAAUUGUCCCAUUCGAUAAAUAGAAGUUGGGGGGGCAACCCAAAUCGGAGUACAAGAGGGAGCAUUGUUGCCAUUGUUUAUCCGCGCCCGUGCCAUCUGAGCAAGUGUUCACGUGUUACGCCGAUGUCUGUGCUCGGAGUUUGAGCGAGGAUUCCCGAGAUGAGGAGUCGCUGAACAAAAAUACAAUGACCAAAUGAUGUCGGGGGAAUAGCAAUAUCACAACACAUUUCAUCCAAGGGUUCUGUCUUCUUGAUAGGGGCUACAGACACACACACACACACACCGUGUUGGGAACAUUUUCUCUGGAAAUCUUGUUGAAAAUCGAAUGGAAAUGUAACCAUAGAUUAACCACAUUUGUUCUUGUUGUGGAAAUAAUA